AUGAUAGAAAGUUAUCAAUUGGAAUUUGAUUCUGGAAAUAUAACUGCUAUUGAAUUGAGAAGAAGAGUGUGCAAGGAAAAUAGGAAAUUGAGAAUGAUUGUAUUGAAACAACAAAGAGCUGCUAAAACUAAAUUCGGUAAUAGUAUGAAUGCCAAAAUGUCUGGAUUGAAGAGAAAAAGAGGAAAUGCACCAAACAAUGAAACAGAGUCUGUGAUGGAAACAAAUGUAGAGGUAUUGAAUACUGAAACAAAAUUACUGUUGGAAACAACUGUAGACAUAUCGAAUAAUGAAAUAGAGUCUAUGUUGGAAACAAAUGUAGAUGUAUCGAAUAAUGAAAAAAAAAUUCGUGUUGGAAACAAAUGUGCUGAUUAUUAUGUAAGAAAAAAAUCUAAAUUAAAGCUUACUCCUUCAGAAAUAUGUAACAUGGAUUUGGAACUGUUGAACUUUGGUGUACCAUCUUAUCAUUGCAAGCAUUAUGGGGCAAUCAUGUGGUAUGAAGAGGAUACAAUUAAGAGCAGACAUAUAACUUCUCCUGUAUUUUCAUUAUGCUGUAUGGAUGAGAAAAUUGAGUUGCCAUUAUUGAAAGAACUACCUGAAUUGUUGAAAGAAUUAUUGGAUGUAAACAGUGGUUCUAAAGGAAAAAUAUUCAAAAACAAGAUAAGAAUAUACAACUCGAUAUUCUCAUUUACAAUGGGAGGGAACAUUGAUACUGAUAUCAAUAGAAAUACUAGUCCAUAUGUUUUCAAACUUUGUGGGCAAAAUUAUCAUCAUAUAGGGACAUUGCUUCCACCUGCUGGAAAGAAACCUACUUUUGCACAGCUUUACAUCUAUGAUACACAAUGUGAAAUCAGUCACAGAUUGAAUUGUAUGAGAAGGCAAGCAACUUAUAAUACUGUUGACAAGGAAUUGAUUGGAGAAUUGAAAUUGAUGCUUGAUAGGAACAAUGAGUUGGUUAAAAUUUUUCGCUUUUCCAGGGAUUAUAUUGAAUCAAAUAAUGUUACUGAACUCCACUGGCAGUUAAAAAUCCAUAGAGAAAAAGAUGGAAGACAGUAUAAUCUGCCAACUGCAUAUGAAAUUGCAAAAAUAAUUGUUGGUGAUGUUGGACUAUCGGAUGUUGGAAAUGAUAUUGUUUAUCAUUCAAAGAAUGGUUUACAGAGAAUUACUAACUUGCAUCCCAGUUUUAUGGCAUUAAGUUAUCCAAUUUUGUUUCCAUAUGGAGAGGAUGGAUAUAGGGUUGGCAUUAAGCAUAGAGAAUCAGGUGACAGAGAAUCUUCUACAAGGCAUAAACUCAUUAUGAGAUAUUUUUAUCCCUUUCGAUUGCAGUAUAGAUUGAAUGAAGGACACACUUUGAUGAAAUCUGGUAGACUAUUGCAACAAUACAUUGUAGAUGCAUAUAUGGCUAUUGAAGAGGAAAGAUAUCAUGGAUAUCCUGAUUUUUUUUUGCACUUACACGUAAUCCAAAAGUGGCCAGAGAUACAAUAUAUACAAAAUGCUAUUGGUCAAUGUGAUGAAGAAGGAAGAGUAACUGCUGUUUGUAGAGUGUUCGAGAUGAAACUGCUUGAAUUGAUGAAAGAGAUAAAGAAUGAUAAAUAUUUUGGUGAAAUUAUGACAAGAGGUCUCCCACAUGCACAUGUGUUGAUUUUCCUCUGCGCUGAAUAUAAGAAUCCUUCACCAUCGAAGAUUGAUAGCAUGAGAUAUGUUGAAUUACCAGAUAAAGAAAAAGAUCCUCUUGCUUAUGCAGCUGUUGGAAACUACAAUAUCCAUGGUCCGUGUGGAAAUUUAAAUACAAGUUCACCUUGCAUGGGGAACGGGAAAUGUAAAAAACAUUUUCCAAAGAAAUUUGUGAAUGCAACAACUGUAGAUGAUAAAGGGUACCUAGCAUAUAGAAGGCGAGAUACUGGAGCAUUUAUUGAGAAAAAUAGGUGUCAAAAUUGA